AUGCCAAAAGUGUCGAAAAAUAAGACAUUUCGUGGCCAAAAUCGAUGGAAUAUUUUUAGUCCUAUCAGCUCUUUUGAGCUCGCUUUUGAGCCUGUUUUGUCCUCAACAUCGACGCCAUAUGGAUCAACACCAGUCAAUGAAAUUGCUUCCAUACGAAAGAUAACAAGUCAAAAUAACGAUAGAAGAGAAGAUUUCGAUGGCGAAUAUGGUUAUAGACUGAUUGCACUUUCAAAUUUAGGUAAUGCAUUUCAGUCGUUACACUAGAAAAUACAUGCAUGCAGAAACCCUCGCCUUGCUGACAAAACCAUUGUAUUUUCCGAACAUGAAGUUCCAAAGUAGUUGUCAUGGUAACACGAUAAUUCUUUAAGAAUAUUCUUACAAAUGAAAAAUCGCCUAAAAAUAUCACUUUUAAUUACAAAAUUAUUAAUUUCCCAACAUAAAUAUAUGUUAGGUAUGUUAUUAUACGUAAUAUAAGCCUCAAUUUAAGGCAAAAUUCGACCACAAACGCUUCGCAACACGUUUUAAAGUCACUAGUUUUCUUUAUAAAACUAAACUGCCUUUUAAAAUGGCUUUAUCGAUAAACUUUGAGUUUGCAAUAAAAUGAUUUCAAAUUCUCGCUUGCAAAUAACUCAGUGCUUUCUUUUUUAUUUAGAAAUUCAAUAUCAUAUUAAAAAAGGGAAUCAAUAUUAAUUAAAGAUACACUAAAAUUAUAUGCUGUUUGUUUAGUUGUUUCAUAUACGCAAAGGCCGUCGGGUUUUAAAGCCAUUAUAAAAUCAAUAUUUAAAACAAAGUUACCUUCGUUAACGUCGGCUCCCUUCUUUUAGCCGAUUCUUUCGCAGUUUCAUUUUGAGAGAGCUUUUGAAAUUUACAAAUCUUGCAAAAAUGCGAGUAAAAAUGAAGUAUAUUUGCAAGAAAUUUAUCAAUCAUCAAAUCAAGAAAUGUUUGCUAUUUCGCUGUCGUGAUGCAGUCGUGCCAGUCGUUAUAAUGCAAAAUUUAAAUUGGACCAAUCAGUGUCCGCUAUUCAUGACAGUCCGCCAUAUUUUUGAGAUCAGUGAGGAUGACCACCCAUCGUUGGUCACCCACGCCCGCGAUAUUUGAUGAACUUUAGACUCCGCUAAUGCUUUCGUUUCCCCGGGUGUAAAUAGCCGGGGGGGAUUAGUACCCUCGCACGGCGCUUCGCGCCGUCGGCUCGGGGAUAAUUGUGAAUCAGGGGGAGAGUUGAAAGUUACUGAUGAUGAGGCUCGUAGAUAUGGAAAUAGCGCAGUUAUCAUAAUUGAGUGCUCUAAAUGUGACACUAAAAUUGAGCUUCAAACUUCGGGAAACAAGAAUCAGGGAUGGAACCCAAAAAAUUCCAUUGACAUCAAUCGACGAAUGGUUUACUCCGCAAUGGAAAUGGGAGUGGGGAGAGAUGGAAUGUCGGUUAUGUGUGAUAUUUUCAACAUGCCGGCGCCUCCUUGCCAUCCUAAUGCUUGGAAAAAUCAUGUGAUUGCACUGUAUGAAGCCCACAAGAAAGCUGUUUCUGAGCAGUUACAGGAAGCAAGAGACAAAGUCUUUUCACGCCACAGUGACAAUGAGUCCGAUGAGGCAGAGAUUGCUGUUAGUUACGAUGGCACAUGGUCAAAACAAGGGUACACAGCAAACUUUGGUAUUGGCUUUGUUAUUUCAGCUGACACUGGUUAG